AAUGCAUUUUUUAUUCAUCUCGCUUCCACCGCACAUGUACAACCCAACACUGCGGUUCUAAACUGGCUCACAAUCUCAAUCUUCUGAGCCCUGACCCCCUAAUACUGAAAACCAACAAAAGACAAGAUGAAAGUAGCUUCUACACUGACUGGUGCGCUCCUGCUGAUGCCAUGGUUGGCCACCUUUACGGUGGCUGAAACGCAGCGCUUUGACACGGACCUCAUUGCUGAAAAACUAGACCUGUACUUUCGCGACUACCUGGAGCCUAUGGAUCUGGUCAUGGCCACUGUCGCCCUGUCAAUCCAAGGAAAGGAAAUCUUCAACUACCAGAUGGGGCUUGCUUUGGAAGGAAUAGAGGCCAACAACCAAACACAAUAUCGCAUUGGAUCCAUCACCAAGACUUUCACUGCCACGAUGAUUUUCCAGCUGAUUGAUCAAGGUCUCUUGACCCUGGAUACCCUCCUGGCAGACUUUUACCCUGAGAUGCCCAAUGCAGAUCUUAUAACCAUCCAGCAACUACUGCAGCAUCAGUCAGGAUUAAAAUCCUUAACAGACUUGGAUACGUAUUGGGACUACUUCCUGGCGGAGCAAACCAAGGACCAGCAUCUGGAUCGACUGGCAGGGGACGAGUUCCUUCCAGAAUUCUCCCCCGGCAACCGAACGCAAUAUUCCAACACCAACUAUGUACUUCUGGGGUACAUUGUCGAGGACGUUUCUGGAUUGACAUACGCCGAAUAUCUAGAUCAGAACAUUGCGGUGCCCCUGAACUUGACACGGACGGCUGUCUUCCGAAAUGCCAGUGCGGAAGAGAAUAUUGCAAUUUCUUUCCUCGAGCCACGUUGGACAGUGGACACCAACCAGACUCAUUGGACAGUACCCGGUGGAGCAGGGAGCUUGAUGGGUACUUCGUCUGAUCUGAUUGCCUUCUAUCGAGGCUUGUUUCACACCAAUGAGGACGGAGAUUCUUUGCUUUUGUCUGCCACAAGUCUUUCCAAGAUGACAAACUUCACUGCGGAAGAAGGAAUGGGAAUGGGGGUAUUCUAUCUCCCAUUGUUUGGCUGGGAAGGAAUCGCCCACAAUGGUGGGAUUGAUCAUUUCUCUUCACUAGCGGUGUACUUUCCAGCGCAGGAUGUCACAUUUGCCUACAUAUCAAAUGGGGCGGUGGAGGCCGAGGGGAUUGAUCCCUUGGCAAGCAUAUUUUCCAUUGUGAUGGACCCGGAUUCUUUCGAGCUCCCUAUUGAUUCAGAUGCGGCCGCAACAACCAAUCCUACUUCCUCUACCGAUAGCAAUAUUGAUACGCCAGAUGUAACAGACGACGAUGACGCUACGACCGUGGUUCCAACGGAUGCCCCAACAGAAGAAGACUUUACGAGUGGCAUACCGGGAAAAUCUUCUGGAUUCGUGCUGGGUGUUGUGGCCUGGGCUGUCCUGUUCUUCUUCUCCUGGUAAUGCUACAUUCACUGAGAUAGUAGAUGUCUCCCUGUGUUCGUUGGCCUAUCAUUUUCGGUUCACAUUCAAGAGGCAACCAACAGUUACUGUAGUUACAUGGAGACACGAAGCAAUGAGACGAAUAAAAUAGAACGAAAUACAUGUAGUAGCCCUACUAGUAGCUACCUGGUAGUGGCAUUG